GUGCUUUUUUACACAUAAUUUAGUUUAAGCUUACUGACAGUGAAUUGCGGGAAUACAGUCGGUAUCGUUGCAUCUAAAUGUCUCGCUCAUCGAAAGAAGAUUGGGUUUGUAGCGAUCCAAAAUGUAAAAAUGUGAAUUUUGCUAAGAGAGAGAAAUGCAAUCGUUGCGACAAACCUAGGAAAUUUGGGGCGGCGGUUAAUGCUGGUUUAGAGGUCGGGAAACAGUUAGCUGAAAAAAGCAAAGGUCUUUUCAGUCCAGAUGAUUGGAUAUGUAAGACAUGUGGUAAUAUCAACUGGGCACGUCGAAGUACUUGCAACGUGUGCAACGGCUCGAAGAUCGACAUACAAGGCGAAAGAACAGGUUAUGGUGGUGGUUUUAUGGAGCGUGAUGAGGUAGUAGAAUACAGAGAACGUAGAGAUUCAGAUGAUGAGUUUGAUGAAUUUGGUCGUAAAAAGAAAAGUUUCCGAAAUAAUCAAAACAAACAACCCAGUAACCAUGACUCAUCCGAUUUUGGCCACAAUUCUGUUACACAAGAUCGUGAUAAAGAUGAUGAGGAUGAGAAUGGUAAUAAUAAAAGUGAUGAUAGUGAAAAUGAAGAUUCUGGUGAUGAUGUUGACCUGUCUAAGUAUGAUAUUUGGGGAGCAGAAAAUGACAAUUCUGGUGAUGAGUUAUCAAAUGAACAAAAACCUGCAUCUUCACAAGAAGCUGUAAAAACUAGAUCACAUAGUCGUAGUCACUCAUCUUCCUCAGAUUCGGAUUCAGAUUCUUCUUCAUCUUCUAGCCAAACCUCACAUUCAUCUCAAUCGGACUCAUCAAGUUCCCACAGUGAAGCAUCUUCUAAACCUGAAAAUCAAAUCAAAAGCAAAAGAUCUCAUUCUAACAACGGCAAUGCAAAUAGUGAUAGCGACAGUUCAACUCAUGUAAACCACAAACGAAAAAGGCAAUAAUGGACAACAGCAAUAUGAUCGAUCGGUUGAGGUCACACACUCUUUUAAAGCAAUAGCUUUUUUUCCAUUCUCUUUUGUCCAAAAUAUAAGUUGCAGCACAAUGACAUCAGUGUAUAUUGUUCAUCAUUUUAUUUGUCAACUUCAAUGUAUUUAUCUUUUUGAAAUUUUAUUCUCUUUCUAGUGUGUGUGUUGUGUGUGUAUGUGUGUGCGUGGUAUUGCUAUUGAAAUUUCUUUCUUAAGACCAAGGUUUAUUUGAAGACUCUGAAUACAAUUGUUCUGUUCUCUUGUGAUUGUAAGACUAGUUAAUUUUACACUCACUCAUCUUGUACAGUGCUUGUAUUAUGCUUAACUAUGCAUAUUAAUUUAUAUAAAACAUCUUGUAUUAACUUUGUAUUAUUUCUAUACACUUUGGCGAU